CCCGUACGCCUAUGCCACCGAUUAUGAUGUACUCAAGCAGUUGGUUGAAACAUGUAACAUGAAUUACUCUCCUAUACUGAUAUAGUUCUAUAUGUAGUUACAUCCUUCAAACAAGACAAACAACUUCUUCGAUAUUGCAUGUUCAACUUUGCCACUUGAAUCCCACGGCCCACGCAGCCACACUCAAGAAUAAUUUAUUAAUUUCCCUACUGACUUGUAACCCCCUUUCCUUUUUAGGACCUUUUAGUGUUACCUAUACAUUUCUCCAUCAACUACAACUCAAAUUCGGAUGAUAAAUGUGAAUUUUUAACGUUCCAAAAAACAUUAGUGGCGGACAAGUUCCUGCCGCGUGAGGCCGGCACUCCUUUUGAAGCCGAUCCGAUUUCACGCUAGACGUCACAUGACCGGAAAUAAAGGCAAAACAACAUAAACUUUGUGAUGUUGUGCGAUCAUGUUCUCUACGGGUAAAAUGUGUUUGACGAUGUAGAAUAACUUAUUCCUCAACGAUAAUACUGUUGUAUUAACUUGAGACAAGUGUCCCAAUGGCAGCUAAAGUAUCAACUCCGAGACAUGAGACGAACGGUGGGAAUUCACGCAUCGGACAUUCGCUGUUGCAUAAACUUGCACCGACGAAGUUCGUUCGAUGUAUUGUUGAAAUGCUGGAUGAUUCUCAUACUGAAGUGGAUAUCGAGGUUUGUUGCUCUUCCCAAUAUUGCGUUUAUAUAUAAACGUACUUUAUAGAUUUCGUUUCCGUAUAUGGGUUAACCAAGAGUUUCUACUACUUUCAUUUCAACGAGCAAAAUUUAGUUGACGCAAAGUUUGUAUCUGUUGAAUGUCAAAAUAUAUUAAAAGCAUAGAGUGUCCUUUCAUAUAAUGAUGCAUAUUUUUACACUUCACUGAAUGCUAAUUGAUACUCACUUUGAAUUUUAACAAUAAUAUUUUUCCAACUUAAGGGGUAAUUUUAUAAUUUGUAAGCUCGUUGCGAAAAUUUAAAUGGAAAGCGAAAUGUAAACUAAAUGAGUUUGAGUUUCAGUUCUUAAUAACAGUCAAAAGGCUUAUCUCAUCGUUAAUUGCUACAUAAUUACAACGUCUAUAGUAAUUUGCGACUUCAUUUUACUGUAAUAUACAUUACAAUAUUUGUCGGAUUACAGAGUACACAGCAAAAACAUGUGCUUGGUUAACUCGGAUAAAAUAUGUAAGAGUCUUUCUCGAGUCUUGUAUUCGCAAAAAGUUCGAGAGGUUAUGUUAGAAUAGUCAUUUCCGUCCGGCAAAAUGCUUUUUACUCCCAAAACACUGGGCAUUCCGUUUUGUAGCCACUAGUCGAACAUACGAAUAUUAUUAUGAGAAUUUCAUGUUGUACAAAUUGAAGGGUAAAUAUGAAUGAUUUAAUUGACAGAACGUAUAUAUUGAACGGAUGUUUCAUCGGUUUGAAUACUUUAUAUUUCUUGUUGACUCUACAUAUGUUGUUUACAUCCGAAUAGCGAUUUUUACGCAUAUGGCUAUAUAUAAGAUAUCUAUGAAAUGGCUAUAAACAGGCUACGUUCUUGUGUUGAUUUUAUUACGAUAUAAAGCGAACAGAGAAAGGUUUAGGUUACAAUUCGUUCACAUAUAUAUACCCAACUAAAUUUUGUGGGAACAGAUUGCCCACUUAUGAAUUAUGAUUUCGAGUCUAAUUUUCUCUGUCUUUUUAUAGUUUCCCUGCUGUUUAAAUAAUUUGAUGUUUUCAAACACAAUUAGGGAUUAGAGGAAUGAACUUAAUGGCAGUAAUGAUCAAUUUAUUAGAAAUGGUUGCGCAGCAGAUAUUAUUUUAUUCUCCAUCAAUGAUAAUCUUGAGUAUCUCAAAAAUAAUAAUCAAUAAUGAUGUUGAAAGAUCAAGUGCCAAUUUUUUCAUGUGCCUGCAUAAAAUUUGGCAUAUUCAAUUUAGUAUAGAAUGAGAACUGCAUGAAACCACAUGAAAUUCAUUUCCUUAAGUUCUGAAACAAAUCAAAUUGCCUUUAAUUUAACUAGACUAGUACAUGAGCCAAUGUACAGUAUUUUUGUUAUAAAUGUGUAAUGUGACCCUUCUGGCAGGUGGCCAUAUUGACUGUACUUGGCAACGGAUUACUAGAAGUUUUCUAGAAUGUGUGAAUGUGUCUGGUCUCCCACCACCCGCUUUUCUCAAUAGUCAGAUUUAGAAACGACCAUGAGGCCAACAUGACGACACGGUCUUAAUUUCAGCUCAAGAUUGAGAGCUAAGGAACUUGAUUACCAUACUGUAAUAAAUUGAAGCUUUUUUAUAAUAACCUUACAGACAGCUAUUAAGUUCUGGAAAAACUCUGCCAGCAAGAAGCAUUCAGCUUCAAUGACAUGAAAAUCUUAGUUUAAUGUUGUAUUCAGAAUGACAACAUUAGACAGUAAAAUAAUAAAGCGGGGCACAUCAGGGUACAUUGCCAGGGUGUUAGCCAGGAUUUCAAAAGUGGCCGUCCAAAAUAAUUGUGUGAGUGUGGCCACAAUUUUUUGUGGGCGUGGUCACAUGUUUUUGGGCGUGGCCGCAAUUUUUUGUUGUUGUGGAAUUGUGGUGUUCUAUUUGUUGAACCUUUUUACUUUUAGUUUAAUAGAUGCACAUUUCCAUCAUUAAGUUAGUAAAAGCACAUGUAUGGUAUGAACCGUAUGAUCACUACGAUGUACAGUAUAUGCUAUAAUGAAGAACACAAUACAGCAGUGUAGUGUUUAGUUAUUUUUUAUCAAUCGCCGAUAUUUUCCCCUUUUUUUAUGCGUUUGGCUCAUUUUAUAGCCAUCUUUGCCGUAACUGUAACUCUAGAGCAUGUGGUGCUCAAGCGAUAAAGCGAUUGCUGUUUUUUAAAACAGCGGUUUCAAUUUAUUCUCCUUGAUACUUCAUGCGAGAAUCAUCAACAUGGUUACAAAAAACAUGGUGUGUUUGUCGAUACUUCAAUUCAGCCAUAUUCAACGUGUUUUCGACGGGAAAAAGUAUGAAAACAUAUACCAUAAGUAAAGUAAACAGCAGAUGACAACAAUUCGAAGUAUUCCAGAAAUAUUACAAAGCUUGUAAAUUGCUAUUUAAAGAAAAUAUUCCUUUAGGCUGUCCAUGGCUGUCCAUUAAAAUUUAGCCGUCCGAAUUCAGAAGUGGCGUCGGACGGACGCCUGGCUAACACCCUGCCCACACCUGAUAUACUACAAAUCUUGCAAUACAUUAGGUAAAGUGUUCCAGCUACUUUCUACAAUGAUUUUGCUAUUAGACUACUUCACCAAAUACUUACCUUGCUUUUAUGUUUGCCAGUUAACUUUUUCAUAUUUUGCGCAGUAUAUGGUUUUGGUUUUUUCCAAAACGCAUUUCAGAAUGUAGAAAAUGCUGUCUUGGAGACUUAAUAGAAUUAAAGAUCUCCCGGGAAGCAUGUCUCCAGACUCCCCCCCCAGGAUUCUCACGCCAUUGGCUGUCAAUGACUAUGCCACUGAUGCUAUGGAAAAAGUGGUUGACAUGGUUUGGUUUUGAAGUUGUGUAAUUAGGCUCCUGCAUUCAUAGACCAUAAACUUCCUGUACCAAAGGCAUAGCUGAGUAGUGUAAUACUAUGUAUUACCACUUAUAGACUCAGUCGUCAAGCUCGCUUUUGUCGAUGAUAUCUUUUGAUUUUGUAUUGCCUGUCCCUCACAGUUUGGUUCCCAUUCUCGCCACAAAACGGUCAAUUUUGUUCAUUCCUGUUGUCUAUUUAUGACUAAUCUAUCGAUUUGUAUGUAUUUUUGAGCUAUUAUAUUUCAAAUGCAAAGCGCAUACAUUCUGUCUCGGGCGGCCGAGUUACCCAGGCAAAGUGUUCACAUGGAAAAUAUUUAUACCGCCUAGGCGAGAUCCUGCCUCUUUCUGCCGGGAACUCGCCAAGGCAAGUUACUUGGCUGCAUCAUGUAAAAAGUCACCCGAGAUUACUACAAGUUUCUAUAAUAGCCGGGAUCUUCCCAUUGCCGAGUAACUCGCCUUGCAGAGUAACUUGCCUCCAUAUAAACAGGCCCUUAAAAGAUGCAAAACAGUUAGUACGUUCACUUGUUACCAAAAUAUUGAUCAGUUAAAUUUGCAGGUAUCUAUUGCCAGUAUUGGCCAUCUCACACAUCCAUAUUACCAUGCAUAUUAAAGGACUUGUUGCGUAGAUUGGUUUGCAACCAUGCAUAUGGGCGCUUUAUUAGCUGGUUGGUUCUGUUUUUACAUUUUUCACAGUGCAAAUAGUAGCUUUUAGAAUCUUACAGCUUAAUUGUUGUUUUUACACCUGCUCUUGCCUCGGAUCCUUUAUAGCCUUAGGCCUUACAACGAAAGCAUGCCAAUGUUCAGGAUCGCAUUAUUGUAUUACACAAAAUAUCGCUGAGUGAUAUAUCGUAAUUCUUGUUUUUAUGCCAAGGCAAGGAUAGGUGUUAAGCUUUAAAUUAAGGAACCGUUAUCCCUUAGAUCCCUCUCGUAUUCUCGGGAAUGGGCUAAUUUGACGUCGGCUACGUGAUCGAUCAUGCGCUCUGCCUGCCCCAUAAGUUGUUUGAAACAAUUAUUGGAUUUCAUAUAACGUCACAGAAGUGACGGGGGGAGUCAGUAGACAGUGAGUCGAUUGUUCGUUUUAUGUAUUAGUCUUGUGUUUGGUGGCAAAUACAUGGAAUUUAAUUUCGUAUCAUUUUCUUACUCCAGUACAGCAUAAGCAUCAAUACAUUUGAGGUUCACCCCCCGUCAGAUUCACUGCAUAAUGCCGUAGUGACACCCAAGAAUACAGCGCUACGAACGACCUACAAUACCCCCUGUAGGAAUCCGAUAGCUUCAUGACGUCACGUGCAAGUAUUGCUCCGAGGGCCCUGAUCUCUCCUGAUGUCAGAUAUCUCGCCGUGUGGCGCCGAACCAAUCAUCUCGUGUGUCAUGAUUUGCAUUACAAAUGGUCGCUACGUUGAAGAUCGUUCGGUGCAUCGCCUUAACAUCCAGGGCAUAAUUCUAAAUGACGCCGACUCUUAAUAUGCAUGUAUUUAUUGCGCGUCCCACUCCACGAUUUCAUCUUUUCAUACGAAUGUUUACGAAUGUUGGUUUCAUCUUCCUAGUGGGAUAUUCAUUUCAAAAGGCCCGUUUACACUCUUCUGGUGUAUGUGAACGAGUUAUGAAUGUUGAGAUGAAGGUACAUAUACUCAAUGUCAAUGAUAUAAUGAGAACAUCCAUAACCCAUCUACUCAUUCGCAUGCAUCAGAAGAAGAAAAUCGCACUAGAGAUCGCGGCUAAAGAGGUUCGCUCUUUCAUACAAACCUUCUCUCGAUGUGUCUUUGCGAAUCUCUCUGCAAAUCUCAUUUGUUUCAGAAUGUUGUCUUAGAAGUGCCUAUCAUACUGUACGUUGUAGUGCCUCUGUUUUCGUAAAAGAGGAUAACGACUUUGGCAGGUUAAGGUGGCUGUGGCAGGGGAAAUUACAUACAAUUUUGUAUUCGAGCAAUUGCAUGAAUUACUAUCUCAAUAGUGUUUAUCAUUAUUUUAAACAAGUCUGGAUGUACUACUCACUGAAUUGAUGAAAACCACCCAAACGACUUUCAAAGAAGUUAUUUUGACUGCCGCUACCGUUACCAUAUAUAUAUAUAUAAAUUGAAUAUAUUGAAAUUUAUUCACAACUGGCAAAAUCAGCAACUUCCGUCGAUUUUCAAUUCCUGCUUUCUCUAUGCCAAAAAUGUUCACACAUAUAACACCAGAUAUGCCUCAAAAAAUAAUCUUUAUAAACCCUGUUUUAGAACAAAUACUGGGAAACAAACAAUAUCAGCAAUGGCAACAAGCGAAUGGCAACAUUUACCCUUUGACCUCAAACAAUUAAAUAGCUAUACCUUCAAUAAAAAGCUAAAACAAUACCUAUUACUCAAACAAAAUGACUUUUGAAGUCUAGAUAUUCAUACUCAACCGUUUUGUUAGAUGUAUUUUUGUGUUUAUCUUUAAUUGUCUUUAUUGUCUAUGUAUGUUAUUACCAAAUACGAUGCUAAGCUACGUUUACUGAUACUCUAUCUAUCUAGAGCCUAACUAGAAAACCUUUCGGUUAAUUUAGACUCUAGGCAUUUCGUUCCACAAACAUUAUAUUCUAGUAUUACUUUUGAAGAUUAUUACUAAAAAAACCACCAAAAUAAUAGAAUAUUCAUUAACUUGUAACUUGUUCUGUAAGAGAAUGUGAAUAAAAAUUGUAUUGUAUUGUAUUAUUGCAUUAACCAAUCAAAUUAAUUUAAUCUACCCGUUUCACCAAUCAAAUGCGCAUUGAGCCUGUGAGCGGUAGUGCAUGGAAGUCAAGUUUGAACCUCUCUAAUGUGGUGGUUCGAACAAGGGGACAGGGGAGUACAAAUUAUUUGUUAAUCUCCUGGAGUGAAACUGCUAUUGUCUAUCAAGACGCCUUCAUUCAAGUCGCCGUUGUAUUUGUCAAACGCCGUGAUAUAUUUGACGAGCCAUCCUGACUCCUGUUUGGUUUAGAAUGCGAGCCAUAUUUGGACAGUGACGGAUAUUAGGCAUCUAACAAUUAAACUGUUUCUUAUCCAUACAACCUUGAUUAUUCUGAUGUUGUGAGAUUGUUCUCGAUCAUUAUAAAUCUCCAUCAUAUCAGCUCACUAUAACUUCUCUACGAAACCUGUUGAAUUAUAUUGUAGUUGUUAGUUCUACAUUUUCUUUAACAGAGUCGUUCCAGCGGAGGUGUGCUGUUUAAAAAGAUAAUUAAUGAACUGAACCUGGCUGAACCGGAUUAUUUUGGCUUACAGUUUUGUCGCGGAUCCUCUUCUAAACCUGUAAGUAUAGAUUACAAUAAAAUUUGUCACUAGUGUACCUUAAGGCCGUUUUCCAUUUCGGUCGCUUUGUCCGCGCGGGCCAAGCGAACGUUUUUGAACAUGUGCCGUAGCUGUCAGCUUGUCAGAUAUCAGUCCGCUUUAGCUCUCGCGUGCACGCCAUGAAAGUUGGGAACGGCUAAACGAAGAGUUUUUACAGGGAGAGUUAUAUCAGAGAGUUAAGAUUUCGGAGAGUUGAGCCACGCCCACUUUUUUCCGGUGACCACACCCAAUUGCUCAACUCUUCCGACUUUCAACUAACGCGAGAGAGUUAAAUUUGACCUAAUUAAUUCUCUUCUGUCAAAAACGCGGAAACUUUUGAGAGAAUUCACAUGUAUGUAACUCUCUGCAUCUUAGGCUAGGUUGGGCAGUGAGGCGAGAGUUAUAGUCGGAUUUUUAUUGCAAGUUAACACCGUUCAUAUUUUGCAGAACUUAGCUUAGGGAUAGGGACUUUUAGAAAUUUCGCUAUUGAGUAUUUCAGUAAAAAGCUGGUAAGACUUGAGUUUUUUUCUCUUCCAGUCUAGUCUUAGCAUUUAUAUUGAUGCUGUUAACCGUUAAUUUAAAAACCCGACGCUCGCCUCACAACAACAGCUAGAGAGUUGCAAAUAUUUUAACUCUCUCAUAACGUUUGAGAGUUCCGUCAAAUUUAACUCUCUCAUGUUAGUUGAAAGAUCGGGAGAGUUAAGAAACUGGGUGUGGUCGCUGGAAAAAGGUGGGCGUGCUCGAACUUAACUCUCCGAAAUCUUAACUCUUCGACUUAAUUCUCUUCGACUUAAUUCUCCCUGUAAUACUGUAACUCUGCUUUCAGUCAUAAAUACCCAUGGAAGAUGAACUACAAUCAAAUUACUUGGCGUGCACGCACAAAUAAUUACAUAUCUGAAUUGUACAAGUCGUUCGGCCGGCGCGGGCAAAGCGACGGUUAUUAUGGAAAACGGAUAGCUUAGCUACUGAGUUUGGCUCAGCUAAUUUUUUAUUGUGGAGGUACUGUAUAGCGGAUGCGGUUUGGGGGUUUUAGUUUCUUGGAGUGGUGAAAUUUCUAGGAAAUAGUACACUUGUCACCAUAUAGGAUAACUCAAUAAUAUUACACGUAAAACCAAGCAUAAAACUUUCCCUAUAACCAGUUUCCUGCGUCCAAGAUCUGUAAAAUUAAUAGACAUUGGACUGAAGUAUUGUUGAAGUAUAUUAUUAAAAAAUAAAAGUAAGGAACUCUUAAGUUGAUGAUAAUUACUUUGUCUUUAGGAAUGGUUAGAGCAUGAUAAGGUUAUUAAGAGACAACUGAAAGGUACUGUAAUAGUAUGGUAUAAACUAUGGGAAGACUGAUUAUAUACCAAGUGUCAAAGUUCGUUUAUUCUUCAAUUAUCGUACAGUAUUCUUGCAUCUCACUGUCUGCCCGCGCGGGACGGGCGACGAUUUUUGGACAUGUACAACUGGACACCCCCCGCGUAGGGUCAGGGGUUCUUCGGUCAGUGUGUGGGGCGAGGGUCAGAUCGCACAAAUAAGAAGGUACACUGUAUACAUCAUAGAUUCGUGGGUGGUCGUAUGAUGUAUAUCACCAUACGAAAGAAGAGAAUAUGCUGGCCAUAGCAUGCACUCCAUGGUGACACGUGACUUGUAUAGGUCGAGCGGCCCGCGUGGGCGAGGCUACGCAAUACAGUACAGCGACUUUCACGUCCGUCGUCUGAACGAGAUCUUCUGUAAUUUGGUGUCAUUGUUUCUUCCUAUAGGAUUAGUGCAACCAUACAAAUUUUGUUUUGCUGUGCGUUUUUUUCCCACGGAGCCUUCAAGAGUCGCUGAAGACUUAACCAGGUUAAAUUUGAUUGUUAUUUUUUUACGCAUACCUGUAGUGCAGUACAUGGACAUACCAUUGGUGUGUGUUUAGAUGUACAAGAACAAUGUAAAAUAUAUUGUAGAGUGUAAGUUAGGAUAAAAAUUUAUAGAAACAUUUGCGCAAGAUAAUUUUCGCACGUAUAGUCGUUAGUAAAGUGAGAAUGUUCAGUAAUAUCAGAGCAAGUUGAAAGGAGGAACUCUCUCCUCCGCAGAGGCUCACAUGACGUUUUUAGUUCGGUUAAAUUGAGCUAUUUCGAUCUUCCCAUCACACCCCGCGCGCCCACUUUACUUUUUCUGAAAACUUCAUGUAAGUUAUUUGUAAAUACUUACGGUGUCUCUGCGGAGGAGAGAGGGAGGAGUAUAUUGAGCAAAUAAAUACAAACAAUUUCCUUUUACGUAAUAUGGGUUAAAAUUUCAGAACUGUCAGUACUGUAUAAAGAAAGGAAUCAUUGACUUAUUUUACUCAUUAUGACUUUUAGGUAUCACAUGUUUUUAAACAUAAAGAAAGAUUUAAAGAAUGGAAGGUAAUUUGACCAACUUAAUUUACUAAUAUCUUGCGUGCAAUACUUUCUUCCAUGUCGAGGUCACACACCAUCCCCCCAAGUAUAUACAUUUUAACCUAUCUUAACCCUACUUGUAAUUAACCCUGAAAUGUUAAAUUUUCCUCAGAUCCUGUUAGAAUUUCUUAGCGUCCUAUUAUCACAAGUUCCUAACUCCCUGUUUUGUUAUGUGCAUUAUAAAUUUAUAAUUGGCUAACGGCCCACGUACACGAUACGACUUGUCGUAUAUGAUUCUUAUCCUGGCGUCUGUACUCGAAUAAAUGCGUGUAAAGAUGUCACAUUUCAAACUUCGCCAUGAACUGAUGAGCAAGAGUAGUGGCGUCGGCAAUCGUUUUCAUACACCAGGAUAAGAAUCGUAUACGACUAGUCGUAUCGUGUAGAUGGGCCUUAACAUAAAUAAUCCACCGACGCUCAGAACAGAACAGGGAGGCUGUUCCAUUUACUGUUCGGAGUACUCCGGAUUUUCGAAACACUAAUUAAAUCGAACCAAUAAUAGUCACAUGACUGUUCUGACGGUCACAUGACUGUUCUGACGGUCACAUGACUGUUCUGGCUGCCCCUACUUUUGAGUAGGGGCAGUCAGAACAGUCAUGUGAUCGUUUUCGCUCGAUUCAAUUAGUGUUCCGAAAAUCCGGAGUACUCCGAACAGUAAAUGGAGGCUAUUAGUAAAACACGGAGCACGGAGCACGGAGCACACGGAGUACGGAGCACACGGAGCACGGAGCACACGAAGUACGGAGCAGUAGAAAAACGAAAAUCCUUUAUAAUAAAAUACACUGUUUACUAUUACAAUUUUUUGUUAUUAUUAACAAAGUUUUUUUCGCGUAUUACACGUUGGGGAAGCAGGAAAAUGGGGCUUUUACUGAAAAACACAUAUGAUGCAAAACCAGGCUGCCAAAAGCCAUAGUAUUUAAAAUGGGAUUGUGAAACUCGUUAUCUUACACCUAUCAAGCUUAUGUAGUUAUAUUAUAUUCCGAUGGGCAACACAUAAAGAAACACUUACUGUAGAGAACAGCCGAAAACUGUAUAAGAUAGCUGUAGAACUAUAAAUGCUGUAGAAUGAAAUAAAUAAAGAAAAGUAAGUUUUCAAAUCGCGGUAUUUGCCGAUAAAUCGGUAAUCGCUACAGAAAAACAGAACAAAUUACAGUAUUAAAAUCACAACAAACCGCGGAAGUGGGACAAUUUUUGUAUUUUUACUGUAAGACAUAUGCAGAACAUGUACGAAAUCCAUACAGAAGUGUGUGUGUAUUCUAUACUUUUGAAACAACUAAAUCAGACUUCGGAAAAUUUGACAGUAUUAAAGCUACUUUUGAGAAUUUAGAUUUUAGGUCUUUGUUUUACAUGUACCCAGUAAAUAUUUUUGAGUUUUGAAGUUUGAUUCCCACAAGCUUACAAUUUGUUUACAAUUUACUCUGCCUCUGGCUCUGCCAGCACGGCAGAGUUGAUCGGAAUUGUAACAAAUACGCGUACACUUAAAUGGCUUCCUGAAUUUAGUCAAUCAGAUGUGUAAAAAUUACUCGUUUCAAUUUUAUGUUUAUGCUCGAAACUGCUCAUGUUUACAAUAGCAAUUCUAACAAUCUUGCCCUCCUUUUCGCCUUUGAGGCGUUGGUGUUGAUUUAUACACAAAAUUCAAAACUCGAAAAUAUUUACUGGUCUGGGUACAUGUAAAACGAAGACCUAAAAUCUAAAUUCCCUAAAGCAGCUUUAAUACGGUCAAAUUUUCCGAAGUCUGAUUUAGUUGUUUCAAAAGUAUAGAAUACACACACACUUCUGUAUGGAUUUCGUACAUGUUCUACAUGUCUUACAAAAAUACAAAAAUUGUCCCACUUCCGCGGUUUGUUGUGAUUUUAAUACUGUAAUUUGUUCUGUUUUUCUGUAGCGAUUACCGAUUUAUCGGCAAAUACCGCGAUUUGAAAACUUACUUUUCUUUAUUUAUUUCAUUCUACAGCAUUUAUAGUUCUACAGCUAUCUUAUACAGUUUUAUAAUAUUGUGAAUGAUUCCGAAUAUUCAAAACGACUGAUUGAAAGAAUGAAAGCAGUAAUGAUGUACUGUAUAACGGUUUAAACUUAGCCGGCCGUACAACUCACUGCCACCGGUCACUGAGCCGAAGGAUAAACCGAAAAUUCACUUUUCUCAUCACAAGACUUAAUGUUCAGUCGAUCCGCUACAUUGAAAGAUGAGUAUACUUGGCUAUUUUUUGGCAGGGGUAACGAAAUAUAUCGGCUGUUCUCUACAGCAAGUGUUUCUUUAUGUGUUGCCCAUCGGAAUAUAAUAUAACUACAUAAGCUUGAUAGAUGUAAGAUAACGAGUUUCACAAUCCCAUUUUAAAUACUAUGGCUUUUGGCAGCCUGGUUUUGCAUCAUAUGUGUUUUUCAGUAAAAGCCCCAUUUUCCUACUUCCCCAACGUGUAAUACGCGAAAAAAACUUUGUUAAUUAAUAACAAAAAAUUGUAAUAGUAAACAGUGUAUUUUAUUAUAAAGGAUUUUCGUUUUUCUACUGCUCCGUACUUCGUGUGCUCCGUGCUCCGUGUGCUCCGUACUCCGUGUGCUCCGUGCUCCGUGUGCUCCGUGCUCCGUGCUCCGUGCUCCGUGUUUUACUAAUAGCCGUAAAUGGAGCAGCCUCAGGAAGUCAGGAAAUUAAAAACAGGAAUACAAAUUAACGGUAACUCAGCGAAGGAACUUUUAAAUAUAGUUCUACCUUUCGACAAUGUUUUAAUUCAUCAUCAUCAUGAUCCCUGAUGAUGAAUAAAACAUAGUCUAAGGUAUAAAAAAUAUAUAAAAGAGUAUAAAAGGUAUAAAAGAGGCAAUUUAUUUCGUUUAUUUCGCGCGCAUUAUCCUGCUGACAAACUAAUAUAUGUAAUUGUGACAUACACUUGUCUUAAGGAUACAGACAAAAGUUCCUUUUUCCUAUUUUGGUCAGAAAAUGAUGUCAAGUAGGUAGUUAAUAUACUAGCCACUCGAGUCAAGUGUGAUAUUGUUCAAGCAUUUUUGAAGUGUCUCAUUAUACUGUAGUCUCGAGAGAUGCUGAUCUCGUCCGCCGGCAAAGUGAAGAUACAAUAUGUAGAUAUUAUUUAAGCUUAUAAGUACCGUCAUCUCUAUUAAUAGUAUGGUUAUUUAACUUAUUUGUGAAUCCUGUAUUCAUCAGGUGAAAAUAUACAUAUAUAUUGUGCAUUUCAGGCAAAUAUGGUGUCAUCAUCUCUUUUUGGCCCCGUUCACACGGAGCCGGAUGAAUUCGAAACCGUACAUUUGAGUGCGGUUCCGAAUUCAUCCAGCCCCGUGUGAACGUAGACUUGAUAGAAUGAUGACACCUAUGCCUGAGUGAUCAAUGCAUAACACGAAACAUGGUUUAAUUAAGUAUUGGGUCAGGUGGAGAUGUAACCAUCUUAUCAUUUAUACAUAGUGUCUAUAGACCCGUUCCAUCUAUCAACAUAGCAAAAACCACGACCACGCUUCCUUAAAAACAACCAAGAAAGUUCUAAAUACACUUCUAGCUCUCGACCCCAACAAGCCCACAGAUCCCGACGGCAUUCCUCCUCGACUUCUCAAAGAGACUGCACAAUUGCACCAUUACUGACCAAGCUUUUUAAUAGAUCACUCAGCUGUGGAAAAAUCGUGUACAACCCAACUAUUAGCGGUACACGAUUACAUUGCGUCCUUGCUGGAUGCUGGUAAGCAAACAGAUGUUAUCUAUAUGGACAUGUCAAAAGCCUUCGACAAAAUUAAUCAUGAAACCCUGUACUCAACAAGCUAAACAACUGCUUGAACAUUUCUGGUAACUUGCUUUGUUGCUUCAGGACCUACUUGUUAGACCGUAUAGGCAACGUGUUACUGUGCUAGGCGCCACCACCUCUGAAAAACCUGUAUUGUCAGGAUUGCCACAGGGUUUUAUAUUAGAUGCAGUAAAGAACUCCAAGGUUUCAUCUUUCGCAGAUGAUACUAACAUUUCUCCUACAAGAUAAAGAGCAAAACACUGGACAUUUCAUUGGAAGAGAAAGACCUAGGUAUAUGGGUUACUGGUGCGUUUACCUGGUCAAAACACACCUUUGACCGUUGUGCAAAGGCUAACAACUUGCCUGGUUUCCUGCGCAGAUCUGCUUUGGAAAUUAAAAAUCCAAACACCCGCCGCACGCUCUUCCUUGCAAUUGUGCAUCCUGCAUUAGGCUACGCCACCCAAGUCUGGUCACCACAGUCCAUUGAACUAGUCAGAAAGAUAGAGCGCGUUCAACGCCGACCUUCAAAAUUCAUCCUUAAGCUGCCCUUCAUCUGUACAGAAUCCUACAAAGACAGACUGAUGUCUAUAAAUCACUUGAGUUAGUUGAAUAUCUUGACUUGAUGUUCUUUUUUAAGGCCAUAAAUGGUAUUAUAACUGUUCCGAAAUCCGAAGGAAAUCUUGCCAAAACGAUCUAUUCCCUCAAGGCCUACUCGAUCAUCUUCAAAUAACAGUGUUAUCUCGUACCGUCCUCGUAGAUGUAAGACAGCCAUGCACCUAUCAACGGUCAUUUUUUAUUAGAGCAACUAUGUAGAACCUGGAACUCUUUACCCGAACACUUAAACAUCGCUAACAUUAUUUAAAAAGUCACUAUUAGAAUACUACCACAAUGCUCUUAUAUCUUGUUACGACGUGGAUGCAUACGAUGCUCGAAUCUGGAAAACUGUUUGCCUGAACUGCAACACAUCGCGCAAUCUAAUCGAUGCCGAUCCGUGUUUCUACUAGACUACUAUAGACUAAUUUUUUGUCUGUAAUUUGUCACCAAUUUUUACUAAAGGGCCCACAGUGAUUGAUGUAAACUGUUGUGGUGUCCCCGCCUCUUGUUCUGUCUCAUGUAUAUGGAUUGUUGUACUUGUAUUGUGUACGGGUUUUUUUUUUCAAGGCGAAGUUAAAUAAAUAGAAUAAAACCUUGUGCGUGUUGAUUGUUCCACAGCAGUCUCCGUUUUUCUGUUUUCCUCCACCCCGCCUUCACUUUUCUAAUGGUCCACCCCUUAAUUGAAGUCAAGCUAUAUAAUCACUGUACAUUGACUUCCUGAAUAUUUCAAUUAGGUUGUCUUGUCCUAAAGAAACCGCUGCUGAGCUGUCUUCAUUAAUAGUUCAGUGUAAGUACUUAUUAUUUUUAAUGAUCUUGGAGGGUUAAUGAAAAUUCGCAACAGAUUGUUUAUAUAUACACUUGGAAAUAUUUUUCCAGAAAUUUUUUUCUUGGUCAAUAGAAGAUUUACUUUCAUAAGUUUGGAAUGCACUGUCUUAAAAUACACAAAUCAAAACACCAAGUUAAAUUUUAAUCCAUUCAGGGUUAGUUCGCCUGUACAGACGAAUUAUGCAUAUAUAUAUAAUAUAUAUUUUCUUUGUCGAAGUUCGUCCAGACGGAUCAUCAGUCUCUCAGUAAAAUUCGCCAUAUAUCAAUAACCUCUUAUUUAACUUUCUUUCUGCAUGCAGCUGAAGCUGGUGACUAUCCGAAUAACCAGCCUGAUCAAUACAUCAGCGACUAUCAGUUAGUUCCCAACCAGGUUUGUAAUGUAUGUUGUUAUUACCAAUUCCAGGAGGUUGUAUAGGGUUUACUACCGUGAGAGCAGAGCCUGAUUUAGUUCAUGUAGAUCGAUGUAAUUGUAAUUUACUGUAAUAAGUUAUAUUAACAGAACUACAGAAAGUGCAACAAACUGUUUAUAAUUUUGCCAUUGAUUAUUUUUUAGACACCUGAAUUUGAGGAGCGAGUAUUCCACUAUCACAAAGAGAAUGUGUGAGUAUAUCUUUAAAACUUUAUCACUUGAUAAUUAUCGUGUGAAAUAGCACAAACAAUCAUUAAAUUUUUUUUUAAGUUUGCAUGUCAAUUAAAUGUUUAUUUCGGUUGGUGGAAAACAGCCACGAUUAUUUAUUAUUGCAAAGCUUUUGAUCCGUCAGUCCAGAUUUUCAUCAGUGCUUACGGAUCCAAAGCUUUGCAAUAAUAAUAAUCAUAUAAUGUUUUCCACAAACAAACAAACAAACAAAUACAAAAGCAAUUAUCAUUAUCAUUAUCAACAAUUUCAAUUACAACAAGAAGAAUAGCAAUAACAACCAGCACAUCCAACAACAACAACAAUUAGCAACAGCAAUUAACAACAUCAUCAACAACAACAACAACAACAGCAACAACAACAACAACAACAACAGCAACAACAACAACAUCAACAACAACAACAACAACAACAACAACAACAAUAGCAGCAACAACAACACUAACAACAACAACAACAAUAGCAGCAACAACAACACUAACAACAGCAACAACAACAGGAGCAACAACAAUUAACAACAACAGCAGCAACAGCAACAACGAAAACAGCGGCAGCAACGGCGGCAACAGCAACAACAACAGCAACAACAGCAUCAAUAAGCAGAAGCAAUAUUAAGCACAAGAAUAAAAUAACAAAGCAAAAAAACAAUGGUUACAAUUACAUGCAGUGAUAGAAACAACCAAAAUAACACCAACAAUGGCAACAACAAAGACAACGUGAAAGAAAAAUUGGCAAACAUUUGUCACACAAUCUCGUUUUAAUGUAUGUGCGAGCAAUUUACCGAACGUUUAAUUUGUCAAAGCUUAAUUUUACUUUCCGGCAAACGACGCAUCAUUUAGUUACUAAGCAACAAUGUAUUUUGGUCAACGACCUGUCUGUGUUUGUACAUCACUAAUACGUUGUUGGGCUAUUGUAGGUUUCUAAGUUAUUGAACAGUAUUUCUGAAAUGUCUUUAUACAGGGGACUUAGCCCAGCUCAGGCUGAAUUAAAGUUCUUGGAAAUCGCAAAGAGACUUGAACUUUAUGGUUCUGAAGUACAAAAAGCCAAGGUAAAGCCCGUGGAGUAAGGAAUUUGUAUUAUAACAUUUAGUUUAUCCCAACUAUGUUUAUUGAACCCUAGACUUGCUCCAAAUCGACUUCCGGAAAUUCCUCACUAUUUCGCAAAUAACGUCCUCGAAAAUUCGUUUGUUUUUGUUGCUAAUUAUAUAAACAAAGACUUUGUCCUACAUUGUGUAUUGGUCUAUUCACAACCAUUACGUUACUGUAUUAAUUGUUACAUCAAAGGUGUGAGUGGCAAUUUUGUUUUAAAAAUAAGAGAGAUUUGUUUUCCCUUAUUUCUUUUGGUAGUGAGUUCCAUACGGAUGCCCCAUCGAACUCUUUUCAUACUAUUUGUACGAGGCUUUGGUCAGGGCCGUUGCGAGGACUUUGUCUUUGGGCGGGUGUGAGGUUAGAUUUACCUGAAAUUAUCCAAUUUAAUGUUUUUACCUGAUUAUUAAUAUUUUUUUCCCAAAAUUGGAGGUCGUCGCAAAAAAUUUUCCGGACAUACCAAAAACCAUCGCCAACAGACAAAAAUUUUUCCGGACAUAUCUUCAUUUUUAUAAAAAAUACAAAAGUACUUUUGCACAGAUAUAGUUAUUUUUCCCAAUUCACUUUCUUAUCCCCUGAGAAUUACCUGAAUUUACCUAAAAAUAUACUGGAAAUCUACCUGAAUUUACCUGAAAAUAUACUGGGAAUCUACCUGAAAUUGCUCAUGAGCAAUAAUUAGGGGGUUUUGCACCCUCCCCCCCGGUCGCUACGGCCCUGGCUUUGGUAUAACAGAGAGAAGUCAAGUUGAUAUGCCUCGAAGUUCGUAGUUUGUUAUUUCGGUCUUAUGCACGUAAAGCAAUAGUAUGAUCUGCAUCAUUUGUCACGUUUGUUACAAUUCGUGCAGAUCUGUUUUGGAGUAUACAGUAUAUACAUGGUUGAGGGUGUAUAGUUACUGUAGAUGUGUCACUGCCCCGCUUUGACUUAAUGGUUUCGACUUGGUCACGUUUGAAUUGCGUUCUUCACAUGCUAUUGAAAGAUGAUUGGUAUAUACCCCUAGCUUCCAUCUACCUUUAAGAGUUUGUUCCAAAAUUGUAAUAUUUCCUGUUUCAAAAAAUAACUAAAAUAAAUCAAGCAUGAUCAAUUUGACUUACGGUUACGUAUCUUUCAUAUAUACAGGAUGCUGAAGGCUAUGAUAUCGAGGUUAUUGUAUGUUCUGAGGGGAUAAAAAUUUACCGCGAUAAUAAAAGACUUAAUAUCUUUGCUUGGUAAGAUUAUUGCAUGUAGACCUACUGUAUCAGUAACACUAGCAUUAUAGGAAUAACAAAUUUACCAUUAUUAAUGGUGAUUCCGGCUAUGGACGAAAUUUUGAUCUAGACAAGUAGAACGAAUCCAUUAGUACAUUACCAUAGCUGGAAAGAACAUCUUAUAAAAUGAGUAAAAUUGCAAAGUUUAGUUGCGAAUUGUUAUAAAAUGAGGAAAAUAUAUAGCCCUGUGAAGUUGCAAAUUUUGUAUAUGUUUGCAUUUCGCGCGGGAAAAAUAGCCAUUUUUUAGCCGAAUUAAAGUGGUUAUUUUACCGCAUGCAUGCACGUAUCACAAAUAUAUAUAUACAAAAUUUGCGAACUUCAAAAGGCUAUAUUUUCUUCAUUUUACAACAUUUAGCAACCAAUCUUUGCAGUUUUACUCAUUCUAAGACGCUCUUUCUAGCUGUUGUGUUGGAUUUCGUUCUUCUUGCCUUGAUCAAAAUUUAGUAUAUAGCUGGAAUCACCCAUUAAGAUAGCGCAAAUUUACAUGUGCAUGUGAUCAAAUGCGCUUUACAUCAAGUAUUCGAUCCGCUUACCUAAUUAUAAUAAUACAGUAAUCUUUAUAUAAAGAAAUAACACUUAUAACAGACGUAUAUAUAAGAGUUGUUUUUUUCAUUGGUAUGAAAUAGGUAAUUGGACAAGUACUGGUGUAAGACAUUGUGUAGCCUAAAUAAUGAGGACCAGUAGUUCAAAUGGAUAUCCUUUAUUUAUUUAUUAACUCCGACUCCUGUGAUGGUGAACAUGUAGGCAAAAAACAAGGGAAACUACGAUUAGAUAGUAACUGAAUAUGUGAAUUUUAUGUGACACGAUGAGGGCGAGGAUAUAUAAGAGCGAGAGAUUGAAUUGGAAUAGGAAAGGCAACCCUGUACGCGUUUCGACCUAACAGUCUUCUUCAGCAGGGUUUUUUUAAGAGGGUGUAGAUAGAGUUUGCAGAGUGAAACUAGAAUGCAGGAGAGUUUAGGAGCACUGCAUGAACAUAUGUGAAACCAGAGAAAACAAAUUAUUACGAAGUUAUAAUGAAGUACACAAUACAAAAAUGAGGGUUGAAAGAAAGUGAAAAGGAUGAAAUUACUGAAUAUGUUAUUAGUAAAAUUAUCCUACCAAAGGUCUUGUUGCGGGACAUUCCAACAUUACGUACUUUAUUGUUCAUCUUUUAACUAUAUUUUUGGAGCGAAGCAAUUUGCUAGUCCUUUAGGGUCAUUGUGAUAUUAGGCCGCGGUCACACUAGCGCUUGUGCUUGGAGAUUACCAGCGGAUUAGCGUGCUUGCUUGAACACAUACCAAGCUCAUGCUAGAAUGUAAGCAAGCACGUCGCGGUCACCCUCAAAAAAGCAACGUUUGCUUGCUUGCUGUUGUUGACAGAUAAAAAUUAAAAACUUAUCUAAUAAUCUGUCUUAACUGUGUUUAUUCUAACUCAUGCACCCUGUCAACUUCCCCUGUGAGGGGAAACCGGAAAACCAGGAGAAAACCUACGAUCUUCGGCAGAUCGUUGACUGACUUUUUAACACGAGUCCGUAGCGAGAAUCGAACCCACGAUCUCAGCGAUGACAGGCGCUUGCUCUGAAGACCACGCAACCAUUUCUAGUAUAUUCUAUAUACGUUCUGGUGCACCAAUUUUAAAAUUGCAAAGUGUUUUCAUAUUCAAAUUGCACUUUUCGUACCUCCUGAACAGGUGUCUUAGGGGUGCUUUAGGUGCUUAUGUGAUGGAAGGGGGGUUGGGGAUGCAGCACUUUCCUUGCGAUAGUAAUUUCUAGUAUAUUCUAUAUACGUUCUGGUGCACCAAUUUUAAGAAGAGAUUUUUUGAGUUUUAUCAUUAAGAAUUUAAGAAGGAAAUACAUUGUUUGUGCAGUAAACACUAAUUGCUUGCUGAUAACAUUAAAUAGAAAUUAAAACAGAAAAUGACAAUAUUAAAACUUCGUUAUUCAUCCCGUUUCGUUUUAUGUAGGUCAAGAAUAGAGAAGGUAUUGUUUAAUCGAAAGCAUUUUUACGUGCAGCUGUUACCUGACGUUGAUAGGGUGAGUUUUAUAAAAGUUGCCGAAAAUAUAAUAUGACGUCAUAAUGAUUGUUGAUACGAAGCAGUGAACUCGAAGUAUUGACAUACUUAUUCGAGAGAAUAACUAGGGAUGAAUGAUAGCUGGCGAUCCCAAACCGACUGUAUUUUCAAUCCAAUAGAGUUUUCACAUCAGUCCAAACUAGCAGUAUAUGCAUAUGCUGUGCAGGGUGUCUCAAAAAAACGCUAUGGAAAUUCAACAGGCUGUCGUGCAUCACAAACUUAGCUAAACAAUUCAAUUUUUACAUAGCCAUAGGAUGAAAGAGCUGUUAUUUAGCUUUUCUAUGAUACCUCUUUUGGCCACGUACUCGUCAAAUAAGAAUUGCCGGUCGAAAUCACAUUUAUCCACCAUUGGGAAUUGAAAAUACAUUAAUUAUGCAAAGUUAAUCAAUCCAAAACUAAAAGCAAUGCGAGCCUGCUGCAAGGUAUUUGUUUCGUAAAACGUUUUGAUUACGAAUGUUCUCUGUUCAGUGGUUAAUUGAACCAUGCUUAAUGUUUGCUUAAUGCAAUAAUGGACGUUCUUAUUGUCUCACUAAGUCUAAGACGAAGAUUGACGAGUUGAGCUCAUUUUAGAUAAUUCAACAUUCAACUUUAAUUGGCAAUUCCAUCUUUUAGUUUAUGCGUGCAGGGGACGAUGGGAAGUAACGUAUCACAUUGCUGAUUAAGUGAUUAUGCUGAAAAAAUAAAAAUUGUGGCCGUGUAAACACGGAGUGAUAGCUUAUAUACUUGUAAAUAUUGAAAUAUUUCGGUUGUUUCGGUAGUUUUUAUUGAAAUUUUUCAGCAUUAAAAUCGGCAAUAUGAUACCUUACUUACCAUCAUCCUCUGCAGGCAUAAACUAAAAGCUGGAAUUGCCUAUUCCCUCUUGGGAAUUGUCUAUGUUUCGUUUUCCAUGCAAUUCCCAACGGUGAAAGAAUGUGAUUUCGACCGGCAAUUUUUAUUUGACGAGUAUGUGGCCAUUUCUCAUCGUUACGAUUUAAAAAAGGUACAUAAUAGAAAAGAUACAUCAUAGAAAAGCUACAUAACAGCUCUUUCAUCCUAUGAAAUACAGUAGCUAAUUCCCUUACUGUAGUUCUGAAAAGAUGUAGUUCUAUUUCCAUUGAUGUAAUAUUUCUAAAACUAUGUCUAUAAUGGAGCAAGGAAUCAGCACUGUCAGAAAAUGAAAUUUAGAAAAUCUCUAGGCCAACUGUCUGAGCCGCGUAGGGAAUGGAUUACAGACCGCGUAAAGGUCGAUUUACACUACACAACUUUUGCCUUAAACUGUCGCAUGCAUAGAUAUCUUAUAUACACUAGAUAGCGCAUCUCUUUUAGUAAAAUUGAAGCCAGGAAUAUUCCAGCGGUUACCCCCAUUUGAAUAGAUGGCGGCCAUGUUGGUCGUUCCCACUUGCUAAUAAACGCUUAAAAACAACAAUAACUUUCAUUAUUUGAAUAGUUUAAAACGUAUUUGGAAUAGGGUUAACUUAAUGUUUAAGUUCCCUGUUUAAGAAAUAGAAAACAUACGAAUCUUCUCAUUUCAUGGGAACGACCUGAGACUGCAAUCACGGCUUCAAUUUUUGAAUUGCAGAAUAAUUAGAUGCACUAUCUAGUGUAUAUAAGAUAUCUGUGGUCGCAUGCAACCUGCUCACAACUUGAGUUGUAUUGUGUAAAUCAAGCACACAACGCAUAUACGACAACGUACUGUAAGUGAGGUUGGAGGAUGUAAAUAUAGCUCGCGCGGUAUAACGUGUAAAAGCACCUUUUCCAAAAUUUCGUUUUUACAGGAUCCCGAGUCUAAAACAAUUGUUGGAUUCAUCUUACCGUCUAUAAAAAGCUGUAAAGCUUUGUGGAAAAGUGCUGUUGCACAUCACACAUUUUACAGGUAGGAUUGUUCGGGCUUUUGCGUCAAUGGUUUGUCUCGUUUUUUGUGCACUAAUACAGCCAAUUCAUAAAAGGUUGCCCUUUGCAAACCAUAAACCUUAAACUCUAAGCGUGCAAAGCAUAAUGGGAGCAUCAUUUAAUCAGUUUAGAAAUCAUAUAAUCUACCCAUUGAGAAAUCGAGUGAACAGAUAUUGAAAACAAGUUUUAUUCAAAUUCAAGUGCACGAAAAUAUUUGUACUUUUGGCUUCAAGUUGGAAGACGUGCAGUGUUCCAAUUCUAUUGCUUACAGAACUAUCUUCAAAAUUAUAAAAACCUAACAGUUUAAUUCUGUCACCUUCUCGAACAACGAGAAAUUCUGCAUUAAAUUGUAUAAAACUCGCUUUUAAUACCCAUUGGCUCGAUGCCAAUGGAUAGAGCAGCCGUCCAUCUCAGUAGAAAUCCAAAGAUGCUCGUUCAAAUCCAGCUUGAGAUAACGUUGUUGUCUCCAUUGUCAGAAUUAAGCCCCGGUGUUUACGCAUUAUUACGGGGGAUAUUUCUCUGAAGCUCUGAAUUAUAACAAAAUAAAGGUUUGACGAGUGUUCCAACUAUGUAUCAACUUUAGAAUACACGAUAGUGUUGGGAAAACAUUAAGAACAGCAACUGAAUCAAGGUCGCAUUAUAUUCCAACCCUCGUGCACUCUCCGGGUUUGAUCCGGGCUUUACUAUAUAAAUACUGGCACAAUGUGUUUUUUUUUAAUUUUAAUUUUGGCAUCUAUAUAUAAGAGUUCAAGAUUGACAGCACUUCAUUACGCAUUCCGACCAACCGUCUUGUUUGACCGCAAUUUUUGCAUGGUGAUUAAUUAUUCAUUAGAAACACACGAACUUCAUAUCUGUUUAACUGACACAUGUGUUAUUUUUAUCGUCUCUUGCAGAAAGGAUUACCGAGAUCGGUUUAGGGAACGACCGAAACUCAUUCGGUUUGGAUCUACGUAUAAAUAUAGGUAAGUGACAUGGUUCUAUAAUAAUAUCAGCAUGUGUACUUGUAUGUUUGUAAUUUUUAGUUUCAUAUAUUGAAUAUUAGUUUUAAAAUAUGUAUAUGUCAUUCGCCUUCGCUUUACGACUGUCGAUUUAAUCAACUAAUACGUUAAAUUGCUAGCGCUGCCCAGGAAUCGCAGCUAGGCCCCAGCCGCAGGUUCGCGUUUCCUGCCAAAGGGCCAUAGUUCCACUUUUCGCAGCUGCUCGAUGUUAGGUCUAAAAAAUGUAUAAAAUUUUCAUUCGAAAUUCCCAUCUACAAAAACACUUCAACAUUUAGUUUUAUCAAGUGAGAUAUGCAAAAUUCUUAUAUUGCGCAUGCUCAAGCCUGUUUUUCACUUCAGCCGUAUUGAACUACAUUGAUACCGUAUAACUCUGUACAGCUUGUAUUUUGUGUGAGUGUCAGGACAGAGUUCGACCCUACAGUGUUCUGCAAUAUGCAAAGAAACACCCAUGCAACGUUUAAACAGCUAGCUCAGAAGUAAAGCCUGGUUUCCAUAUGGUCGUAAUGAUCGUAAAGAUUGAGUCACUUUCCCGUUUUAUAAGUUUAUAUCAAACGACAUAAGUUUAUAUCAAACGGAUAAAUCAAGACGUUUCAGCUGGUAACGCCCGUUUCAGAAUUUUUCAGACCUACUUCUUAUUUCAAACUUAUUUCUUUCCACGUUCAUAUCAGAACGAAAUCCACCAGACUUAUAAUAUAAAUUCAACUGAUGUACUAUCGUUAAGAAAGCGUCGCUUCAAUGAGUAAAGGUUUAAAGAAUCUCGUUGUUUUUAAGGGGAAGGACUCAGUUCCAAGCAGUGGAGGCGACCAGAAGGAGCUUCAGGAAAGAAACUUCUUUUCAAAGGUAUAUGGAUGCAUUCAAAGGCAUAUAUAUACAUGUUAGUUUUCCGUUUGCACAGACGAAGUAUAUGGGGAUGGUAAUAUCACCUAAUACAGCAUUUAAUAUAAACUCGAUUGUUAUUCUUAGAACCAGUUCCAGCAGACACUCUGAGAGGUCAUCAGGUAAGUUGUUUCGACUUAGUUUUCCCGAAACUUAUUUCAUAUUGCAUGAUCAAAAUUACUUAAAUUUGUAUUCUUCCCUUUAAAAGUAUUAAAGCUCACCCUAACCCUAACUGAAAUUUCGGGCUGCGUGCAGGCUAGCGAGACCCGCGUAUGAUGAGAAGCCGCCUUGUUGAGAAGAGCCUUGGGUGCACCCAACCCAUCGCUUGCCAGUUGUAAUAUACUUCAUGUAUUCCUAUAUAUAUAUAGCCUGAAGCAAAUGUAGCGCAUUGGGUACGAAGCAGAUUUUUAAUUUUCCAAAAGUCAUGCAGUUCUGUAGAUUGAAAUGCAAUCUCGCAGCUUGAUUUUUACUUUUUCAAUUUCAUUUUCCGUUGGACUUAAUGGAGAUAUAUUACCUCUAGUGCUCUACCAAGCAAAUUUUUGAAUUGUUAUAUGUUGUAUAUGAUAUUUUUCGUAGGUAAAUUUGGUGAAUCUUCCUUAUCGGGCUCUACCAGACUUCAUUGUGACACCGACUCUGAUGUUACCUCGAUGUCGACUACGCGGGGAAGGUACAUGUACAUUGUUUAUUAUUUAAUAUUUUUGCUUUGGCUGAAGACGUUCUAAAAAUGCAUCCUGACUCUCGUCAACUUAUCAACUUGAGGUGCAUUAUGUAUAUUAACUGUUAUGUAUACUUUCUUAACUUUAGCUACGAUGUUCUUAAUCCAUCAGACAGCGACUCCAGAUCACCUGCAAGUUUAUCGCCAGUUCGCAGGCAUGCGACCGAG